ACCAUAUCCUACACUGAUAUUGGUGGCUUGGAGAAGAAAAUUGAAGAGUUGGUCGAAGCCAUCGUUUUGCCGAUGGAGCAGGCAGACGAGUUCAAGACUUUGGGAAUAAAACCACCGAAAGGUUGUUUGAUGUACAGGCCACCAGGCACUGGGAAAACUCUUCUUGCCCGUGCAUGUGCAGCGCAGACAAAGGCUUGCUAUCUCAAGCUUGCCGGUCCUUCACUUGUCCAGAUGUUCAUCGGUGAUGGUGCUAAGCUGGUUCGCGACGCGUUUGAACUUGCCAAAGAGAAAGCACCUGCAAUUAUCUUCAUUGAUGAAUUGGAC